AUGCAACCCGGCGCCGAAGACAAUCGCUCCCAAGACUCUUGGACGAACCGACCGAACGCAAUCAAGAUGAGCGACUUCAAAUUUAACGGCCAGAAGGUCGACGUGGAUCUCGUUGCAUCCAUCGCUAAACUGUUGGAUGCCAACGGCAUUCCCAACGUCAUGUGGGGGCCUUACGUUUUGGCACGCUACGGGGCGCCUCUUGUCCUCUCCGAUUUUGCCUUUGUUAUUCCGGACCAACACAUCGAGAGAGCGCGCGAGGUCCUCCUCGCUGCCAACUUUCCCCCCUGCCCCCUAGGGGACGACUGCCAGCUCAUCCAGCCAUUUUGCAGACUCCCGCAUUCCUACGCGCACUUCAUCCUCGACGACAAGGGCCAACCACCCCGCGCCCACAACGGCCAAACCGGAUACUGGCAUCCGUUUCACCUGGAGCUCCACAAAAAGUCUCAGCUGCUGUGGACGUUGCCGGACAUCCCGCUAGGGGCGCCCGCCCCGGAUGAUCCCAACUACAUGCUAGUCACCGAUGAUCGGCUCGACGAGUACAACCCGAGAGUGCAGUUGGGCCGAGUGCCACAUACUCACUACCCCGUCAAAAUGCCCACGCUUCCGCGCUACACGGAGUCGUUGGCCUACGGGUAUCUUCGCAACGAGAGCCGUGAGGGUGAGGGGCACAGCCGUCAAGCAGGGUUUUUUCUUCGUGAAAUGAGCUCUAUCGGUCUGGACUGUAAGCUGGAGCCAGCUGACCUCGAACCUCGCAUUCAACGCUUCUGGGCGCUUCGGUACCACCCUGACGGUUAUCAUCCACUGUUUCGUUAUAGCACCAGACUGGCGGCAGAAUUGAGGAGCGCGAAUUUCUUCCCCCAGGAGGAGGAAGAAGGAGAAGCCCAGGAGAGCACCUAA